AUGUUAUUUCCAACAUCUUCAUAUUGGUUAUUGGGUUAUUCAUGUUUGUUCUCGGUUUCUCAUGUCGCUCUCUUCUCUGUCCAGGGAUACGGGUGCCAGGACGACACCAUCUUCUGCGGCGUCUUGGACGGGCACGACCAGUCGGGCCACUACGCCGCCAAGGCCGUCCGGGAGUCGCUACCGCAGUCGCUUCUGUGCCGCUGGCAGGAGGCCGUCGCGCUGGCGUCGCUCAUCGACGGCGAGAAGAGGCUCAGCAACUGCCAUUUUUACCUCUUGAGGCGGUCCUACCUGGCCGCCGCCGCCGCCGCCGUGGACGAGGAGCUCCGCCGGAGCCGGCGCCUCGACGCCGUCAACAGCGGCUGCACGGCUCUGUCCAUCGUGAAGCAGGGCGACCUGAUGGUGGUCGCGAACGUCGGCGACUCGUGGGCCGUCCGUGUGACCACGUCGGACGACGGGGACGUCACAGCUGUCCAGCUCACCAUCGACUUCAAGCCCGGCUUACCCCAGGAGAAGGCACGCAUCAUGCUGUGCGAGGGCCGCGUGCACUGCCUCGACGACGAGCCUGGCGUGCACCGGGUGUGGGUGCCCCACUGGGAGGCGCCGGGGCUGGCCAUGUCGCACGCGUUCGGCAACUACUGCGUCAAGGACUACGGCGUCAUCUCGGCGCCGGAGGUGACGCAGAGUAGGAUCACCGCCCGGGACCAGUUUGUCAUCCUGGCCACCGACGGGUGAAGAAGCAUUGCAAGACUCCAUCAGAAAAUGGACCCGCGGUAGACUGCAUCCGCAUCGGCGCAUGGGCGAUGCCGACAUUGGACAGCGGCAGGGUGUGCAAAGUCUGCGCUUCUGAUGGACCUUCACCACCAACUGCCAUGCUCUCUACCAUCCUUCUCGCUCCUCCCCAUCUCUAUGCCACAGCUCGCAGGCUAGCCCAACCUCUGCUGCCUUCCUUUCUGCCUCACCUCCCCUGAACUAUCUGCAGCGGCGUGACCUUCUUUUGUGAGACAGAAACUUGGGCGUGGUUCAGUCUUUUUUUGGGGGCUCAGUUCAGUCUGUGGUAUGGUUCAGUUCAAUGAAAGAACGAAGAUGACUUGCGUGACCUGCUCCUGUGUGAGAUAGAAAAUUGGGCUUGCAGUUUGGGCUUGCAGAGUUGCAGUUCAGUUUUGGUGUGGUUAAGUUGAGAGUAAAAGAUUCUCUCAAAUAAAAGUUGAGAGUAAAAGAAAGAAAAAGCAAAAGAGAGAGGAUAAGAAAUGUGUGCUAGAGAAAAAAUCCUUCCAUUUUUUUACUCUCCACUGCACCUGGGCUUUCAUUAG